CCUGCCGGCCCGCGGGGUUCCGGGCGCCGGGGAGCCGGGCCUGGGUUUCUUGGCCGCUGCGCUCGGCACCGCGCUUGGCAGAGCCGGACAUCAGAACACCCUAGAAGGCGUGACAGAAAGGAUGCUCAUGUUUGAUCCAGUCCCUGUCAAGCAGGAGGCCAUGGACCCUGUCUCAGUGUCCUACCCAUCGAAUUACAUAGAAUCGAUGAAGCCCAACAAGUACGGGGUCAUUUACUCCACACCGUUGCCUGAUAAGUUCUUCCAGACCCCAGAAGGCCUCACUCACGGGAUACAGGUGGAGCCAGUGGACCUCACGGUGAACAAGCGGGGCUCCCCGCCCGCUGCGGGCGGUUCUCCUUCCUCUCUGAAGUUCCCCUCCCACCGGAGAGCAUCACCUAGCCUCAGCAUGCCGUCCUCCAGCCCGCCCAUUAAGAAGUACUCACCCCCUUCUCCCGGCGUGCAGCCCUUCGGAGUACCGCUGUCUAUGCCGCCUGUGAUGGCGGCCGCGCUGUCCAGACAUGGAAUCCGGAGCCCGGGCAUUCUCCCCGUCAUUCAACCCGUCGUGGUCCAGCCCGUCCCUUUUAUGUAUACCAGCCACCUACAGCAGCCUCUCAUGGUCUCCUUGUCAGAAGAGAUGGACAAUUCAAACAGCGGCAUGCCAGUACCUGUAAUUGAAUCAUAUGAGAAGCCCUUAUUACAGAAAAAAAUUAAAAUAGAACCUGGAAUUGAACCACAGAGGACUGACUAUUACCCUGAAGAAAUGUCACCCCCUUUAAUGAACCCAGUGUCCCCCCCGCAAGCCUUGUUGCAAGAGAACCAUCCUUCGGUCAUCGUGCAGCCUGGGAAGCGACCUCUACCUGUGGAAUCCCCGGAUACCCAAAGGAAGCGCAGGAUACACAGAUGCGACUAUGAUGGCUGCAAUAAGGUCUACACUAAGAGCUCGCACUUGAAAGCACACAGAAGAACUCAUACAGGUAGGGCACGCAUCAGCGCUCAAACGGGGACGCUAGAAAUGUAUGCAGCCACCCCAGGGCUGCGGAGGGCUUGGGAGAAAGGCAGCUUAGAGAAAUCACACCCGUUUCCAGCCUCCGCUGGGACCCUAGGCUUCCUUUGUGUGCCGAGGCUGCUCUUGGCGCAGGCCGGCCCUGCAGUGGACAGCAGAGCUUGCCAGCGAUUGGCUGUGUGA